AUGUCUUUCUUUGCAGCGACAUUCUUCAGGCGUCACAGCCAAGUGCUCGCCGGGAAGAAGAGGUCGAAGUUUUUGGCGGCCAUCAAAGGCAUCAUCGUGCGCAGAUGGGAUAAGCAGUUGCAUAACCCGAUGCAUGCAUUCGGCUGGCUCCUUAACCCGAAGAACCAGCUCGCGAUGGAAGUCCGCAACGACCCCGAGAUCAUCAAAGGGGUCAAUGCGGUGCUGCAGGCACGAGGAGGUGACGUGCAAGGCCGAAUCUUGCUGCAAGCCCAGCUUGCUACGUACCACAGAGGUGAGGGUCGUCUGGGGGGGGAAGAUGCACGGGCCGCAGCGAUGCUCGUGGAGAGUGGACGUCUCUCACAUGCGGAUUGGUGGGCGAUGUAUGGAGGGGAACUCCCCGAGCUGCAGGAUUUGGCUGAAGAAGGUGAUGUCGAUUGCGUGAUUGACUGGGAAGCUCUUGGCAGCAUCGGGAUGAGGAAGAAGAAAGAGGUGACAAAGGGAAUCAAGGAAAAGGCGACCAAGAAGCGUUCGGCUGACGAAGACGAUGAUGAGGAGGAGGAGGAUGAGGAUGAGGAUGAGGAGGAGGAGGAGGAGGAGGAGGAGGUGGAGGAGGAGGAGGAGGAGGAGGAGGAGGAGGAGGAGGAGGAGGAGGAGGAGGAGGAGGAGGAGGAGGAGGAGGGCGGGGGGUCCAACGCAUGGGACAUUACGUGGGAGGAGGAGCAAUUUGAGGAGAAAAAGAGUGGGGAGGAAGAGGAGGAAAUGCCACCAGCAACAAGCUCCCCCGCCUGGCAACCUGUCUGGUCAUCAUCAACCUUCAGUGCCACCAGCCAGCAAGCUCCCUCGUUUAGCAACCCAAUGCCUCAAUCACCAUCAGAGCUCGCGUUGAUGCCGUUCUCCCCCCUCUCUUGCUUCUCUCCCUCUCCUCACCCCCACCAUGUGCCACCAGCCAGCAAGCUGCCCCGCCUGGCAAGCCUCCUGGUGGUCAUCAACCUUCAGCGCACCCCUCUCGACCGCCAUGCACACAUCACCAUCCGAGCUCGCAUCGACGCCAUUCUCCCCCGCCUGCUGCACCUGCUGCACCUCCCUCUGCCCACUUACCACCGCCCCUCCGCUCCCCUACUCUCCCUCCCCAGCACUCCCCUACUUUCCUCCCUCACACACGCUCCUCUCCUCUCCUCACCUUUCCUUGUCUCCGUCACUGAAGCUGAAGCUCUCUACACCAGCUGCCGGUUCCGUUGUGAGCAAACAAACUGGAGAGGAAAAUGA